AUGUUACAACAAUAUAGAGGAAGUAGCCAACCUCCAAGAUCAAAUCAGAUCUAAAAUUAUGUAUUAUAUGAUUUAUAAAUGAAGUCUCGUUAGAACAAUUAGUAAGUGACUCCAUUUAAUAUGUUCUAAGAAUUUGAUUCUAUGUCAAAUAAGAUGAUGCAACAUAUNUUAUUAUAUUAAUUGAGCAAUAUUUCUAACAUCUCUAUUUGA